AUGCAAAGUCCGCAAGCCACACGGAGCCGCGACAGCGUCGAAGGAAUCGAGGCCAGCCGUCGGCUGGAAUACGGUUGGAAUGUUCCUCCGCUCGACGUGGUGGCGUCCAGUCGGAAUGCUCUGAUAGACGUAGACGGUCAAGCCACAUUUGGCUUAUCGGGACUCGCGGGCCCUGUGGUGGAUCUUUACUAUGGGUCUUUGCACGGGAUUCGACCCCGCGGGUCGACUCGCAUUCCAAAUCCGGCUGGAGAGAAGUCCCUGGACAACUCGACUCGGAUCCCAUCGUCAACACUCCAAUGCUCUUUUACUGACAUCUUCAACUCUCUCAGUCUCCAUCACCGAAACCCUGAGCCUCCCAAGAUGAAGCUCCUCCAAGCGGCCAUAGUUCACCAGCACAGACCAUCAGUGUAUUCUCGAAUCCGUGCGCAUUUGACGCAUCAUGAACUUCUGCUCGUCUCCGCGAUACAACAACUAUGCGACUCGAGAUGGCACAUGUCGACCCGACUUGCCACGUCCCACUACGAACUGCAUCGGGCAAUUGGCUUCGAGCUCACCGAUCACUCCCUGAUCUAUAACGACUUUGCUACCCACCAUCGAGACAAGCAGGUCCCUGCAGCAUCUCGCAGCUCACUUCCCCAACCCAACUCAACAGCACAGACUGUGACGUUUCGGCGUGGCAUUGGUGGGAGCGCUGAACACUUGACUACAACCCAAGAGAGGGGACUCAGCCCGCAGAAGAGUCUGCACGACUAA